AUGAUGCAACUCGGACAUUUGUUUGCAGGCCAGAUUGCUGUAUACAUUUCCUUUUUGUUGAUUGUGGCCAUUUCCGAAAGCAGGAUCAUUCCUUCAGGAGUAAACUAUCUUUCCACAUGCUCUUUUUUGCGUGUGUCGGAAGCUAAGGGGGUGUUCUGCUUUCUGUUCUCAUUCUCCACAACAACCAUUGGAUUUAUGCUUGAGACGAUGCGUUCGAUGGCAAAGAUAUGCAAGAACGACCGGAUGAAGUACAGGGUGAUGAAGGCCCAGCGCGGGUUCACCUACAUGGCACUAGUCCUGCUCAUCAACUUCCUCAGUGCAUAUAUAUUCAAGUCCUUGAAUGACAGAACAACCAGCCUACUUGUUCUGGGAUUAGUUGGUCAAACAUUCUGCUCGUUGACGGCUUUUUUUGGAAUGGACAUGCUGAACACUUUCUUUUACCUUAUCUUUGUGAUGUCCAACUUUGGAGUGCUCCUUCUCACAUAUGUGGUUGGAUUCGAUCGUGUGUUCAUGAGCCUAGGCAGUUACCUUGGAAAACUCAAUCGGCCCCCUUUUAAGGUGGAUUAA